UUGUCGCCGCUCCUUCUUCUUCUACCCGAUUUCUUCCAAUUUGCAGAACACACCGUCCCGUAAUCGAUACUUGGAGGCAGCACUGGACGGACUUGAGAAGCAAUUCAUGAGAUUUGGACCAAAAUGGAGGCACUGAGACUGGGCUGGGGAGUGAGGGUGAUAAUCGUGAUGGUAAUUACGGCGAUUUUCUUUCGCUGCGUCACAGCAACCAACCAUUCCGUUGGUGGAGCUUCCGGUUGGGAUCUCAAUUCCAACAUCCUGACUUGGUCUGCGGCCACCACGUUCCAAGUCGACGACUAUCUCGUGUUUAACUAUUUGCCAGUUCACGACGUGCUGGAAGUGAACCGAACAGACUUUUCCAUUUGCCGCACCGUGAACCCAAUCACCACUCACAGUGAUGGGAAGACAGUGAUCCACCUGGACCAACCUGGCAGUCGGUAUUUCAUAUGCGGCCGGCUUCAGUACUGCCUCAUGGGUCUUAAGCUCCAAGUCCAAGUCCUCCAACGCUUGAGCGACGCCAACAAUUCAACGCCUGCUGGUGCUAACCAACCUGAGCGCCUAAGUCCACGCCACCCUCCUCAUUCUUCUCCACCGUUUCCACACCACCCUCCUCCUCGUUCUCCUCCACCGUUAGAACUCCCACCAUUGCCCGACCGUCCGGAGGCGCCAUCACCCUGCAUUUGUUCCGGGGUGGGCGAGAUGAUGAUGGCAAGCGGGCCAAUGAACUGGUGUCUGGUGUUGCUCUUCAUUAUGCUUGCAACCCGUCCUUGCUUUCAUUCCUUGAUUCCAUAGGCACUGGUUCUCCCUCUCCACCAUGUUAGACCCAUUUCAGAUUUUUGUUUACCCACCGACACUCCGAAUGCGUAGUUCCACGCAGGGUUUGUACUCCUCGGAAACUCCUGCUCUGUUCGCCGGUAGGUGAUGCAAUUCACGGCGAAUCCCCCCUUUUGCUUUGGUUAUUAACAGUGCUUACACAAAAAUAAGAGAUUCUUGGUUUCUCUGAGUAGGUUUCUUCUAAAUUUUGUGAUUGUUAAUAAUGAAAUCAAAUGUGCUUU